ACUGACGCGCUCCUUACACAAAAUAUGAUUGGUUCAUGCAAAAUCACAUGGGAUAUUUUGAACCAAUCGGUGGCCAAAUACGUUGAUGUAACCUAGAGAGAUCUUUUUUUUAUCAUCUGAACGAGAAUGAAUAUUAUAAUAACCUACAAAGGGAGUGAAGAUACAAGUCUUGUAUGCAACUGUGCACAUUUUAUACCCAUCGAAAGCUCAACUCGAUGUCAGCGUUGUUUUUAAAAAGCUGCAUCACGUGACAGAGGACAAAUUGCCUGACGACUCAAACGGAAUUCUUCCGCUGCCCUAUCACAGGAGGAACUGACGUCCGUGGGCGUGGCGUAGCGUUCGACGUGUUGAAUGAGUUUGGGUAGCCAGGCAAGAGGAGAAAGCGACCAUGCUGAAAAUAUCGCAAGGCACUGGAGGAUGCGGAUGCGAUCAUUUCGGUGGAUAUCGUUCGCUCGCUAGUGUACCCUUGGGAUCACCGUUUUUAAUAUCAAAAUAAUUGAUGACACACACCGCACCGACCUCCUAAAGAGCAUGGCUUUGGCCUCACUCCGGUCAUUGCCGAUGCCCUGCGCCAGUGUCCGUACCAUCCCCACCAUCACCCUCGUCACCUAUCCUCUCACCCAAAACACCCCCCGCUGAGACCCAGCCGACCGAGUCAGAGCUAACGUCCGCCAUGCUGUCAGGAAGCUACAGUCGCUCCACGGUGGACUCACCCGCCAUGCCCUCUGCCUCCACCAGGGUGAGAACUACCAGUGUGGACAGUGUGAGCAGCAGUGUGAGCGUGCCCACGGUGUGUGGAGUCCCCAGUGGUACGGUGGUUCUGGAGGCACAGUAUGACUAUCAGUACCGUGGGGCAGACGGACGACAGGUCUGCAUCCGAGAGGGGGAGCGGUUUAUUCUCCUGAGGAAGACUAACACUGACUGGUGGCAGGUGCGGAGGAUCGGGGCAGCCAGUAAAGCCAAUCCCCUGUAUGUCCCAGCUACAUACGUAGUGGAGGUACCCAUCACUCCUCUGUCAUCAGCACCACAACAACAAAAUGCCAACAACAACAUGUGUAACCAUGGCAACAUGAGACUGCAGCUACAGUCAUCUGUCUCUCUCUGCUCCAACAGCCAGUACUCAGUGCUCAAAACCUUCUGUCGGUCAAUGGAGGACCUCAACUCUCACAGUGCCUUCAGGGGAGUCAACAGCCACAGCCCUACCCCCAGUCUGGAAGGAGGAGGGUGUCACUUCCCCACCAUGCCCCUCCCUGCCCUCCCCUCCUACACCGCUAGCUCCUCCUCAGGACAUCUGCUGGUCCCUGGGGGCCCCCAGACCUCCAUUGGCCUCUCGGGCCCCAUCCCCCGCACUAAAAGCUUCAACAACCUGCCCCAGAACCCUUACGAGGAGAUCGAAGUGGCGGAGAUGGAGGUCGGGAUGGGACUGAGUGGACGGAGCACACCCAUCGGGGGUGUUGCCAAGUCCCUUAGCCAAUGGGACAUGGCCGAGGCCACCUGCAGAAACAGCCGUCUGCAGGUGUCUCCCCAGUCCUACAUUUCCCAGCAGUCUCUCCUGGAGUCUACUCUAUACUCCGCCAUCCACCAGGUGAAGAGGCGGAGCCAAGUGGAGCCCCCCAGCCCCGCCCCCGGCCAGCGACCCAUGCAGGUGCUGGACCUAUGGGAGCAGUAUUCGGACCCCUCCACGGGGCGAUGUUUCUAUGUCAACACCGUUACCAAGGAGAGGUCCUGGAAACCCCCCCGCAGAGCCCGUGAAUGGGCUCGUCCGCUGCAACCACAGACAAUCCCCAGGGACGCCAACCACCUGUCUCUCCCAAUCCCAGGCACAGAGAAUGGCAACAUGAACAGGCUCUCUUCAGACUUCCUGUACGGUGGGCAGAUUGCUGACAGUGGCCGGGAGUUGGGUCAGAGCAUGCAGAGAGCAGUUUCCUCCAACACCAUCAGCACCACAGCUUUCAGAACAGGAGAGUCUCAGGGGGUUGUCCAGCGACGUCACUCUGCCCUACUGCAUCAUGGGACGGAGCAGCUCAGCCACUCACGAACCAUAAUACUGCCCAAGAACGGCAAGCUGGGCCAGCAGGGCAGAGACUGUUCCUACCCUGGGACCAGUGUUGUGGUGGUGGAGCCUCCUUCUCCAGCCACCUCUCCUGACAGCAAUGACAGCUCCACACCCGAGCUGGAAAAGGCAGGUCUGCUGAACAAGACUAAGAUAGCAGAGGGAGGCCGGAAACUGAGGAAGAACUGGAAUCCGUCGUGGGUGGUUCUGGUCGGGAACAGUCUGGUGUUCUUCAAGGAUCCCAAAUCCCAGACCCCCUCCAGCUGGAAACCAGGCAACAGUCGUCCGGAGAGCAGUGUAGACCUGAGAGGAGCUGUGGUGCAGUGGACCAAUGACCUGUCCAGCAAGAAGAACGUCUUCAAGCUGAGGACGGUGACAGGGAAUGAGUUCCUACUGCAGUCGGAGACAGACUCACUGAUCAGAGAGUGGUUCAAUACCAUCCACAGUGUCAUCGAUAGACUGGAUCGGGAGAAUCCCCUGGACAAUGUUCUGCUGUACUCUCUGAGGAGGGCGGGCAGUGUGGAGAUGUUGGACCACAGUGGAGACGAGGAGGACAGUCGAGGAGGAUAUAAGGCAUCACUCCCUCGUUCUGCUUCCAACGUGGAGAACUCAGAGAGGAAGCGUGUUCGGAGCAGACUGAAGAAGUUUAUCCUCAAGAGACCUCCACUACAGAUCCUACAAGAGAAAGGACUCAUCAAGGACCAGGUGUUUGGCUGUCAUCUAGAGAUGCUGUGUGAGAGAGAGAAGAACAACGUGCCUCGUUUCGUCAGGCUCUGCACCGAGGCUGUGGAGAGGAGAGGUCUGGAGACAGACGGUAUCUACAGAGUGAGUGGGAACCUGGCGGUCAUCCAGAAACUACGCUUCCUAGUCAACCAUGAGCGAGCGGUGACCACAGACGGACGUUAUAUGUUCCCUGCAGAGUUGGUACAAGAGAAGUUGAACCUGGAACAGAGUGAGUGGGAGGACAUCCAUGUCAUCACAGGAGCCCUGAAGCUGUUUUUCAGAGAGCUUCCUGAACCACUGGUUCCUUACGGCUUCUUCACAGACAUCUUAGAGACCGUCAAGAUGUCAGACUACUUGGAUAAAGUGGACCGUCUAAAGUCUCUGGUACUGAGCAUGCCUCCUCCCAACCAAGACACCAUGAGGUUCAUGUUCAGCCAUCUCAAACGGGUGAUGGAACAUUCUGACUCUAACCGGAUGUCGACCCAGAACAUCGGCAUAGUGUUCGGUCCCACCCUGAUGCGCCCGGAGAGGGACAAUGUUAACAUGGCCAUCAACAUGGUCUACCAGAACCAGGCCGUGGAGAUCAUUCUCAAUGAGUUUGACCGUAUCUUCAGACCCAGCAACUUUACAUCCCUCUGACAUCCAUUCAGCCCAGGAAACCGAACCUAGAACCCACCCAGCCCCAAGGACCCAGUCAGCACAGAACACGGAACCUAGAACACACCCAGCCCCAAGGACCCAGUCAGCACAGAACACCGAACCUAGAACCCACCCAGCCCCAAGGACCCAGUCAGCACAGAACACCGAACCUACAACCCACCCAGCCCCAAGGACCCAGUCAGCACAGAACACCGAACCUAGAACUCACCCAGCCCCAAGGACCCAGUCAGCACAGAACACCAAACCUAGAACCCACCCAGCCCCAAGGACCCAGUCUAGAGCCCAUCCAGCCCCAUCCCAACCAGCCUGAACCCAACUCAGUGACCUGAACCAUCUUUGGACCCAACCCCUCUGGUACUGUAUCCUCCAACACCCAAACCCAGCCUGAGCCAAACACAGAGACCAGAACCGGCAGAACCAGACAUGCUGUGAAAGGGACACCAGCUUCACCUCGUAUUCUUCUUACUUACUCCCUGUAGUAUCAACUAGUGGUAAAAACAUAGGUGGGUAAACUGCAUUACACCCCCUGGUAUCAACACCAGCUUAACUCACCUCAUCCCACGGCACGGAGAAAGACCCGGGAACGGGAGGAAAAGCCCAUAUGGAUAAUGUACAGUAUGUUUCCUUAUCUCCUGUUGUAGUGUAGUAGCAACUACAGCCCAGCUCGCCUCCGCCAAACACAACGGCAACUACAAGCUGUUUCAUCAUUGUGCCACUGUCUAUUAACUGUCUACAAUAAAGUUAUUGCGAAGUUUUCAAACGUGA